UACAUCUGCUAAACAGUCUUCUAAUGUUCGCCGUUUGUUCAAGUGCGUACAGUUUUUAUCUUCACAAAUGGUUGUUAUAUUUUUAUGACCAGAAUGAUAUUUUUAAAGAUGCAGCAAGUUAUAGUUGGAUUGAUGUGCUUUUAUAUCGGUUAUGGGCUAGAAUUGUACCCGUAUGGUAAAGAAGUUGGAGAUAUAAAGUUAAAUACUUCGCACAAUAAAAUUACAGUGCUUAAACUUUCAAAGUCAAUGCUGCUGUUUUCAGCACCUGGAGAGGAGCUGCACAUCAAUGUCAGGGGUGCAAUUGGAGUUGAAAAGAUUUUCUCUGCUACGCUUCCCUCUGCAAAGACUGUUAUUUUACCCUAUCAAAUUGAAAUUGAUUUUGACAAGCCUGGAGAUAUAUACUACAGAGAAACCUUUGACCAUAACACGCUUGGUCUAGCCAGUUCUGAUGUCAGGAGAUAUACUCGUGAUAAUUUUACGACCACACAUGCUGUGAUAGUGACUUGUAUCAAAAUAGCAUCUAGGACUUCAAUUGGAAGGUACCAUUCAUAUCAAACGAUUUUGGCAUACAACGGCUCAUCUACGUAUGUUAUUCUAAAUUAUGUACGUCUGGAUACACAUGGAGCACUCGUUGGAUACUCAGAGCCAUAUUGUGGAUGGAAACAAUUGAGAACACCAAAGCUCAGUAGGUCAUUAUUGAAAUCAUCAAAUAUUGGAAAAGAAGGAAGCCAUGUGUACCGUUUAACAUCGUUCUGCAAAGUAGCUAAAUUAUAUCCGUAUGGUUUAAAAGAAGGUGAUAAGGAAAUGGCGAGGGGCUAUAAUUAUUCUGAAAUGUUGACACUGAAACGGCCAUUUUUAUUUAUGUCAAGCUAUUUCCAAACAAUCUAUGUUAACGUUGAUGGCUUAAUAACAGCUGAAGAACCACUUAAAGAGAAAUCACCGAUUUCAAUUCCAUCAACACAUCGUGUUAUUUCUCUUAUAAAUAGAGAAUUGGAUACACGGAAUACGGGUGCCAUAUACUUUCGAGAAUCUUUCAAUGAAACUUUACUUGCUAAGGCAAGCCAAACUGUCGAAGCUUCAACUGAAAAAAACUUUACAGGAUCACAUAUGGUUAUCAUUAGCUACAUCAAUGUUCCACAAUACAACGAACCUAGUAAGGUGUACACGGCGCAAGCCAUACUUAUAUCAAACCAAACCGCAUCAUACGCUAUAUUCAGAUAUGUUGGAAGGGAAAGAUACAUCUUAUCUGAAGGAUACAGUGGAUUUUCAGAGCGUUACUGUAACAGUGAACGAAUAUCUCUAAGAUCUACAUCUAGAUGGACAUAUGAUCAAACUCUAACAAGAAAAGAAUAUGUUUUACUUCUGACAUCAGAAAAAUGCAUUGACGCUAGAGCUCAAGGAUUCUACCCACGGAUGUCAAAUAAUAUAAUAUUAUAUGAUACAGUAUUUGAGGGUCAAUUUUUCACUCUGACAAAACCAAUGCUUCUGUUCUCACAAAAGCUACGUUAUGUUUACGUUGGUGUAUCUGGUUUCUUGCUUUUUAAUGCAGCCGAUGCAUCAAAUCCCAAUGCAUACACACAUCUUUGUUCAUAUUCUCCGCAACUUAAAAUCGCAAGCCUCUAUUACGUUGAAAUUUUUGAUGACAGAAUUCUAGGAGAGAUAAGCAAAGACGUAACUGCGCACAUAAAAAAAACAUUUAAUGGGACACAAGCUAUAAUUUUUACAUUCCUGGGUAUGGAACCAAUUUCCCCCCGCUUAAAAGGAAAUAAUGAUGUUCAAAUUAUUUUAAUUACAAAUGGAAACGUGACCUACGUUAUCUUGACCUAUGGCAGAGUAGAUAAUCGUUUUAGUUGCGGUAAUAUCAUCGUGGAGCCAUAUUGUUUACCACCAAAAGUAAAAACAAAUUAUGGAAAUAUGAAAAUGAAUGAAAGCUCUAAUACUGGCAUACCAGGGAGACAUAUUUAUUUGGCUACAUCGAGAUGUUCAAGUCCAGAAAUGUAUCCGUAUGGGUCGUCACAUGGCGAUAUCAGAGUUAAUCCCAGCAACAAUGAAAGUAUUGCUCUAAAUCAAACCAUGCUACUGUUUUCCAACAUGGCAAAUAAAAUUUAUAUCAACAGCAAGGGAAUUCUCACAAUCAAUGCAACUAAUUCACAAAUGGAUUCGUUGAUAACGGAAGAAGUUCUAAUUGCACCUUACGCGUUAGACUAUAACCUAGCAAUAGGCGGUGAUAUGUUUUACCGGCAGACAUUCAGCAAUAAAACCUUAUCGUUGGCAAAUACAGAUAUAUCCCGAUUCACGUUAAAAGAUUUCAAUGCAACGCAAGCACUGGUUGUAACAUACAAUAAGAUUUCUUCAUAUGGAAAACCGCUUGAAAAAAAUACCUUUCAGAUGAUAUUGGCUUCAAGUCACAACGAGACUUACGCCAUACUAAUAUACAAAGAACUAGAUACUGAAGAUGCGCUAACAGGAUUUAAUGAGGGUUAUUGUAACAGAAAAUAUUUUAAUCAAUCCCUCGAUACUCGCACUUUGUUUUCCACUUCUAACAUUGGAAUCGGUGGAAAGCAUGUAUUUUUAGUGACAAAUGAUGCAUGUCGGGGGAACAAAGUAGGGUUACUUCCUAUUACAAACUAUGGCAAAUAUAUUUUGAAAGAACUCGAGAAAAAAGAAUUUCGUUUGGCACGACCUAUGCCCUUCUUUAAAGAGAAUGCAACUGUGCUAUACGCAUAUGUACACGGUUAUAUCAGCACAGCAAGGGUAGAAAGCCUUUUUGCCUUGUCCACCAAAGAAAAGUUCAGCUGGUUGUCUGGCUAUGGAAUCACAAUAAAUUAUGAAAAGGGUGGACAUGUGUUUUAUAAAGAAUCAUUUGAGCAAGAUAUCCUAGAAUCCACUAGUAUUGACGUCUCACUAUACUUAAAUAAGAGUUUUGAUGCGUCGCAUGUGUUUUAUGUAACUUAUGUAGACGUGCCGUAUUUUUACGAUUUGAACAAGGUAUGUACAUACCAGAUUGUACUCGCAUCGAAUGGCACAGUCACGUUUGGUAUCUUCAACUACAUACGCCUUGAUAAAUCGUUUAGUAUUAUCGGGUUUUCCGAACCUUUUUGUGGAUCACAAGUAACAACACCAUCAAGUAAAGAUGUUGUAGAUUAUACGAAAACAUCUAACAUUGGAAUUCCCGGAAAAUAUGUCAUUGCGUUAUCCCGGAAAUGCUCAUUUGCAGAGUUACUUCCAUAUGGUCCUGAAAACAACGACAGUAAGAUGCCUGCUGGAAAUGAUAUUGUUGCAACUUUAUUUCUGACAAAACCGAUCAUCUUGUUCGACAGCGAGAUUGACACCUUAUACAUUAGUGUCAAUGGUUUUGUCACGGAACGUUAUCCCGUGAUUACUCCUACUGUAAAACUCCCAACAAGUCAUAGAAUUAUCUCUCCAUACAACCUAGACUUUGACACUACUCAGGGUGGUCAAAUAUUUUACAGGGACACCUCUAAUACAACGAUUUUGGAUAUGGUAGAACAAAUAUUUCAAAGAAAAUAUCCAAAUUUCAAAGUAAACCAUGUUGUUAUCAUCACAUAUAGAGAUAUACCCUUGCGCACAGAUCCAUCUAAAAGACACACAUUUCAACUUGUUAUUGGGUUCAAUGGUGAUGUUUCCCAUGGUUUAUACAACUACGUAAGAUUAGAUGCUUCAGGUGCUACAGUAGGUCAUUCUAUAGGCGCAUGUAAAACAACAAUUUAUUCAUCGUCACAAGAAAGUAAAAACAUGUCAAAAACAUCUAAUACUGGUGUUUUAGGGAGGCAUAUGUUCACCUUAUCAGAAAAAUCAUGCUCUGACAAGAUAGAGUUGUAUCCAUGGGGGCAUUCCGUUGGAGAUAUAUAUAGCCUGCCUCAUAAAUACCAUUACCUCAACGAGUCAAUGCUAUUGUUUUCAAAGAUGUCUGAUAGAAUAUUCGUCUCAAAAUUUGCCAUUAUAAUUGGAUCAUCUUUUAGAGGCAGUGGUGAAAUACCAAAUUCCUACACUUAUAUCUCCCCAUAUAAGUUAUUUUACUACAGUAAAAUAGAAUUAGAACCAAUGGGUGUAUACUUUCGAUAUACACGUGAUCCAGGGCUGUUGUCUCGUACCAAUGGAGAUGUAAAACGACUUAUAAAAAAAGACUUUCACUCAACGCAGGCUGUGGUGGUGUCUUAUAUAUACAUGAAAUAUGGCGGCGGCGAUAACACGUUUCAAGUGGUAAUAACCUCGGAUGGAAAGGAAACUUUUGCGAUUUUAACUUAUAAAAGACUAUCAAGAAAGAAUGGUCUUAGUUUAUAUUCUGAACCAUUUUGUGGAUCUAAAAAUCUUGCAGGCACUGCAUCUUCGUUAUCCUUGAGAAGUACAUCGAACAUUGGUGUCAAAGGUCGACAUGUGUUUUCGCUUACACGCAAAUGUUAUUUUGCAGAUUUAUAUCCGUAUGGACCAGAACAUGGCGACACAGAAAUGAAGCGUGGCAAUGAAUAUUACGAAAAUGUUCCGUUAUCUAGAUCAUUAUUGUUUUUUUCAACAGAGACAAGAAACAUUUUUAUUCAUGUAAAUGGAUAUAUCACACCGUAUGAGAUUAAUCGAACACAAUUAUAUAUUCCCACAUCACAAGUAGUAUUAGCUCCUUAUUCGAUCGAUUUAACUACUGAGAAUGAAGGACACAUUUACUACCGGGAAGAAACUUCACCAGAGUUACUUAGGAAAAUUGAUGAUGAUAUUUACUUACGUUAUAACAAUGGGAAACCUGAUUUUGCUCUUAUAAUCACCUACGUUGACGUCCCUUCUUAUGCAUACCCGUCCAGAAAGAAUACUUUCCAGGUUAUUCUAGCUAAAGAUGCAUAUGAUUCUUAUGCAAUUUUUAAUUACAAAAAACUGGAGAUGAAUUAUGCUACUGCAGGCUUCGCAAAUGGUUAUUGUAAGUAUUCUACGUUUUCUGACCUAAAAAACAGCAAUGGUUUAGUUCGUGAAUCCAACUGCAAAACUGGUGGAAAGUUUGUGAAAAGAUUAUCAUCAAAGUUUUGUCCAGGACGCAAUGGAACAGAGUUGUAUUCUUUUGGAAGUAGAGCUGGAGAUUUUAAAUUAUACAAAGAAGAAGUGUUGCAAUUUGUUUUAUCCCAACCAAUGUUGUUGUUUACGAGUAAAUCAUGGGUUUUGUACUUUGACAAAAGGGGCACAAUAUCGGUUAACAGGUUUGAUCCUCUUCUUGAAAUAUCUUUCCCGCACAAGUAUCCGAUCUUGGCUAUAUAUCACAAGUCGUAUGAUUAUAAAGAAUAUGGCACAGUGAACUGUAGAGAGGUAUUUGAUAAGGAAACGUUAUCUUUAAUCUCCCACGAUGUUAAUGUAUACUCUAAAAACAACUUCACAGCAAAUCAUGCAGUUAUUGUAACAUAUGUUAAUGUAGUUGACUACGAAGGAUAUACGAAUACCUUUCAAGGCGUUAUAGUGUCCGAUGGAAACAUUACGUAUGCAGUUUUAAAAUACGAAAGAAUUGACUCCGAAGAUGGAAUAGUUGGCUUUUCGGAACCGUUUUGUAGUUCCUACACACUGAUUAAUAAGGAAAGAAGUAGAGAAAUAAUGAUCGGAAGUAACACGGAUCAACUUGGAAAAUAUGUCUUGCAAUUGACCACCAAAUGCCACUCUGCAGUUUUGUACCCAUAUGGAGUCUCAAAUGGCGACAUAGAAAUAAGAAAAGGACAUGACAUACACGCUCAUCUCUCUUUGAACCAGUCGAUGUUGUUAUUUUCAUCACCCUCAAAGGACAUUUAUAUUAGCAGCAAUGGUAUCAUUUCGAUUGAUGAUCCAGUAGAGGGAAUAAUACAAAAUCUCAUUGGAGACAAAACUGUAAUAGCGGUAUAUUCCACAAAAUUCGAUACAACUAAUGAAGGAUCGAUAUUCUACAGAGAAAUAUUUGACAAAUAUAGUUUGGAUAUCAUUUCGAAGGAUGUGAACUUUUUUUCUAACACUGGCUUUGCGGCGGAACAUGCUGUGAUUGUUAGCUACAUAAAUGUGCCACAACAAGAUGCGCCAUCUUUGAAACACACAUUUCAAACAGCAAUAGCCUCUAAUGGAACUGAUACUUACGUUGUGUUAAAGUACAUUGAGAUAGAUACAUUAGAUGUUUAUACAGGUCUCUCCGAGCAAUUUUGUUGGUUCAAAGAUCUGAAGCCUGCUGAUCAAGACUAUGGAACCCUAGUGGACGAUACUAAUGCUAAUGUUAAAGGACAAUAUGUUUUACACGUUACAGAUGAAAGUUGUAAAGCAGGUAGCUCAGGAAUGUAUGCAUACGGGGCUAGCUUUGGUGAUGCAGUAAUAGAAAACAAUGAUAACUACGCCAAAGGAUUUGCUUUAACUAAACCAAUGCUUCUUUUUUCGGAACAUGCAAGAAAGGUCUGGAUCAGUACUAAUGGAGUAAUUGCUGUAAAUGGUUACGUAAACCAACGUAAGGUAAAAAUACCUUUUGAAGAUACCAUAAUUGCACCAUACAAUGUUGAUCUUGACACACGCCAAGGGGGAGCAAUUUACUACAGAGAAACAUUUGAAAAAGACAUUUUAAAAAAAGCUUCAGGAGAUAUUUACCGACUACGGAAUGAAUCAGUUGAAAUAAAUCAUUGCCUGGUUAUUAGUUUUGUAAACAUUCCCCUGCAUGAUGUUCUUCAGAAGAAGCAUACAUUUCAAUUGGUACUGGCAUCCGACAGCAAUAAUACUUAUGCUGUAUUAACCUAUAGAAGAUUGGAUAGUGCUGAGGCUAUUGUAGGAUUUAGUGAAAGGUUUUGUGGUUGGAGCACACUCACUUCACCAGGAACAAGCACAUCGCUGUUGACUGGCACCAAUAUAGGUAUCAAAGGCAAGCAUGUGUAUUUGCUCACAAAUCCGAAUUGUUCCAAAAUGGAGUUCUAUCCGUAUGGAAUUUCAAAUAACGACAUAGAAAUGCAGCAAGGAGAUAAUUAUGCAGAAGAGCUUUCACUCAACAAGCCGAUGCCAUUAUUUUCAACAAACUCCUCGCGCCUUUACAUAUCCACAAAUGGUUUGUUGUCAGUAAAUAAAAGCAUCACGUCAUCAAUAACAAUCCCGCAUCAUUACACCGUCAUUGCUCCAUACCAUUUAGACUUUGAUACAACCAAAGGGGGAUCGAUAUUUUAUAGGGAAACUUACGAUGAAAACAUCUUCAAAUCAAUUAAUAAAGUUAUAGCUAUGUACGAUUCCGAGAGGUACCAAUUUAUUGCCACGCAAGCUGUUAUUGUCACCUAUGUAGAUGUUCCACAUCACGAUUAUCCCCUGAACAGGAGCACUUUCCAAGUCGUGUUGGCAACUGACGGCAAUGUUACUUAUGGCAUUUUCAAUUAUAAGUGGCUAAACCGGUCGCAUGCAGUAACUGGCUUCUGUGAGCCGCUUUGUUUUUAUAUGACGUUUCAGUCUCUUCAUGAAUUUGAACCGCGUCUGAGUUAUUACUUGGAAAGACGAUCAAAUAUAGGCAUACAAGGGCAAUUCGUGUUUAUCCUAACCAGUGAUUCAUGUCAGGAGAAAGCACGGUGGAUACACGAUGCACCAACGCAGUUAGAAACCACCAGAUUAGGUUACGAUUUUGCUGAAUUGAAAUGGAAACAUCAUAAACAAUCUGUGGAUGCAGAUAUUCAAAAAUUUCCCAUACGAUAUAUUGGUAUGGUAACAUCCGAGGGAGAAUGGCUGUCAACAAGAUAUACAUUUGUUUCGCAAUAUGGUCGGGUGAGCAAUCUAAAGCAAAAUAGAACAUACCAAAUUGACUUGUAUACAAGAAGAGUUGGUUCGUAUUUCUUGUCUGGUAUUUUCACGUCUCUUGAGAUAGAAGUUAUUCCAUACGAGAGCGUAUCUAACCUGCAAGCUACACAGGUAAAAUCUGAGGUUCAGUUUAAAUGGAUCACGCCAUUGGAUUUACUUCGCGAUGUUGUUGUUGCAAGAAUCAACAUUAAGUACGUGCAUAAAUAUAAAGACCAGAUCUCUGAUGCCAUGGAUUUAAUUUCAAUAUGCGAUAAUCAGUACGUUGUAAACGGAAGCAUCGGCAGUAUUCAUUCCGUGGAAGUUACUCCCGUUGUAGACGGAAGUGCAGGACCUCCUGCAAAUGAGUCACACAUAAUAACUAAAGAUGACGCCGCCAUCAUCAGCAAAACCAAUUUAAUCGUUAUUAUCACUUCAUCUAUUGCUGGUGUAAUCGUUUUGAUAUUUGCGCUUAUGUACGCAUGGAAUCGCCGUGCAAAAAAGCGUUUUCGUAACUUGUUUUUGUUGACAAAUACAUCGACAAAGUUUGAUCCAGACAAGUCAAUUUUGGAACAGUGUAAUAACUUACCUUAUGACGAAAACUUCGAAUUUCCGAGGAAAAGAUUAACUUUGGUGCGAGUGUUGGGAGAGGGUGCAUUUGGUGAAGUAUACAUGGCAACAGCAGAAGGAAUGGAGGGUUUUAGGCCAAGAAAGAGACGUCAGGCAGCGAAUUUUCUGAAAAAAAUGGUAUCAAGAAGAAAGAAGAAAAUCAUUGUUGCUGUUAAGUCACUUAAAGGAAACGCUACAGAGACAGAAUACAAGGACUUGGCUAAUGAAUUGAAAUUACUUAUUCAUCUUGGCGAGCAUCGGAAUAUUGUCAACCUUCUCGGCGCUUGCACAAAGGGCGAUAACCUUCUUGUUCUACUAGAAUAUUGUUCAAAUGGAGCUAUGCUAAACUACCUAAGAUUAAAUAGAGAUGAUUUUGAAGCAGUUUGGGUAAGACAAGAUGAUUCCAACCUAACAUUAUAUGAUUUGACUUGGAUGUCAGUUCAAAUUGCCGAUGGUAUGGCUUUUCUGGCAGAAAAAAAGUGUGUACAUCGUGAUUUGGCUGCAAGGAAUAUCCUUCUUACCGAAGACAAGAGUGUUAAAAUAUCAGAUUUUGGACUAGCCAGAGAUACGGACAAUAAAAAUUUUUAUUUAAAAGAGAGCGAUGGUUUGCUUCCAAUUAAAUGGAUGGCACCUGAAGCAAUUAUCGACCAAAAAUAUACUUCAAAGAGUGACGCGUGGUCAUUUGGAGUCUUGUUAUGGGAAAUAUUUACACUGGGUAUCUCCCCCUAUCCUCAAAUCCAGACGUCAAGCAUGAUGGAUUAUUUGAGAUCUGGAAAACGUAUGGAAAAGCCAGAGAAUUGCCCUGAAGAAAUAUAUGACCUCAUGCUCCAAUGCUGGUCUGCACCACCGGACUUAAGACCUUUAUUUAUUGAUAUAAGAAACAAACUUGACCAAGCGCUCAUUACACACGAGGAGAGUUUCUUCGGCGGGCAAACAAUGGCAAGGAUAUAUAAUUUCGGAAACAAUGAACACAGCAAGAUAGACGUCAAGGAAGAAAAUAUCGAUAAACACAAGGUGGAAUUGUUUGGCACUGAUCAACUAACUGCAAGAGAAACGAAGCAAUUUGAAGAUUCACAAAAUUCUGCAAAAAUUGAUCAAGAUGAUAGCGAAAAUCUCUACAUGACAUUUGAAAGCAACGCAAAGUCUUCUGUUAGAUUUGCUGCAGAAGAGGAAUACGUGAUAUUUUCCGAAGAUGGCAACGCUGAAGGAGAAGGUGACUACCUUGCACUGGAAGAUCCGAGCCGUAUGGAACAACAUGAUCAACUUGGUAUUAACUAAAGUCAUGUCGCGUUAACAAAAGCCAGAACAGAAGAUGAUUAAAAUAUAAACUUAUGACUAUAAAUUUAAAACACGCACUUAAUUUCUGAUUUAUUCUCCUAGUAUAUAAUUUAAAAAAUCCAUUUGAGAUAUUUAAGGGUAUUUAACCGAGUUUUUGUUUAAAAACCCCUUGUGGGGAAUGUAUUAGGAUUUCAAUCUAAUAUAUUGUAUUGCACAUAAUUAUGACAUUUGUACGGUAAGUUUAAACAGCUCCCUUC